GCCAUGGCCGCCCGCGGAGCUGAGCGGCGCCGCGCGGAGCGGCGUGGCAGUGCCGGGGUCUCGCCGUUGCCUGCCAGCGCCCCGUGAGGGGGGACAAGCGGGGCGGCGUGUCCCUGCGCUCAGCCCGGCCCCCCCGCUCCCCGCAGCGGAGAUGUGCGAGACCCGCGCGGGGGGAGUCGCCUCCUAGACCGGCAGCCAGGAUGGUGCACCUGCGGCCCCUGCCCCUCGUCGUCGUCCAGGGCGUCCUCCAGCUCGUAUUUUGUGACACUAACCAAGUCGUACAAGCCACAGACGUGCUGGACUGGGAAGACAAAGAUGCUGCAGAGACACUGGUUGACCACGUGGUCCAUUCCAGGAUCAUCAAUCCUUUACGCCUGUUUGUUAAGCCAUCUCCAGUACUGAAACACGGCCAGGUGUCCUACUCCGACAGUAUGGAAAACUUUUGGGAUUGGUUGUCCAACAUCACGGAGGUUCAGGAAUCUCUCACACGAACUAAACGCAGACCUAUAGUAAAAACUGGGAAAUUCAAGAAAAUGUUUGGAUGGGGCGACUUCCACUCUAACAUCAAAACUGUUAAGCUGAACCUCCUCAUCACAGGGAAAAUCGUCGAUCACGGCAAUGGGACGUUCAGUGUUUAUUUCCGACAUAACUCCACAGGAUUGGGAAAUGUUUCUGUAAGCCUGGUGCCACCUUCCAAGGUGGUUGAGUUUGAAUCGUCUCCACAGUCAACACUGGAGACCAAGGAAUCCAAGUCCUUCAACUGCCGAAUUGAGUACGAAAAAACAGACCGUGCUAAAAAAACUGCCUUGUGCAAUUUUGAUCCUUCAAAGAUCUGCUACCAAGAGCAGACUCAAAGCCAUGUCUCCUGGUUGUGUUCCAAACCCUUUAAAGUUAUCUGCAUCUACAUUGCUUUCUACAGCGUAGAUUACAAACUGGUGCAAAAGGUCUGUCCCGAUUAUAAUUACCAUAGUGAGACUCCGUACUUGUCCUCUGGCUGAUACAGUCGUGGGUAACUACAGAUACAGCAUCACUCACAAAAAUAAGCAUUUCCAUUAACCUUUUGGAGAAGAACAUGCUUUCCUAUCAGGUUAAAAAGUCUUUAAAAACUGUAGCGGUGUUUGUGCUGUAUCGUAAAUAAUCAGACUGUUUAGGUAACAAUCAUUUUUGUUUGAGACUCUUGCAUUUUAGCUCUCAUCGUUAAUAAGGGAACUACCAGGCAGACCCAUGACAAAAAUCAAACAGAAUUCUGUCUGUCAUGAACAUUGAUCUGGAAAACCAGUUUCGUAAACUAGACUCAAUGGUAGAGAUGUCGUUUACUUGACUUGGACAGCACUUAGCAGGAUCCUGUUUCUCAUUGGGGACUUCAGAUGAUGACAUAAAGCACAAAUGAUGAAGCAGACUUUCAGCUGCUUAUAUACAAAAUCCAAAUGAACAGAUAUCCCACUAAUUUCAUAAAGAAUGUUGCACAGUGCUCAAGGAAUCAAGUCCAAAUACUAAGAGAAAGUGCUAUUUCUGGGACAAAAAAAAAGGAAAGGAAUCUGCGUUUUUAUGAAUUGUAGUAGUUGUACGUAUUCAUUGAAGUGAAGAGUGAGUAGUUCUUCCUUCAGCCUUCUUACCUGUGGAUAUGCAAUGAUGUAAUUAGACAUUGAUGAGCUUUAGUUUAUUAGACCCACCAGGUGUGCAGGUUUGGUGUACAUGUCACCUCUGGUCUUGAUUCUUCUCCAAUGUUUACAUACACACCAGUACAAGUUUUACAGUGAUAGAGAAUACACUUACCUUGGAAAAAGAUAAUCUCUGUUAAAGUCUGAAAAUUAUGGCAGGGGCUGGCUUCCGUGUACAGGAAGCAAUUAUUUUGCUGUCUAGCCUUCUUAGCACUGUAUUGGAGCAAGGAUAAUACAUCACAGCAUAAGGACGAUACCUGAACGACGACAAGCUUUCUGCUUAAUGGCACCCAGUUGUCUUCCUUAGCAUUGCAUUGCAAUUAGAUCAAAAUAUAAGCAAUGACAAAUAAAAAGAACAACAACAAUCUAUGCACCUUCACCUCAUAAAGCACGUUUCAAGUAAUUACUAUCAAUAUAAAAAUAUUCAGUAUUACAUACAGCUGAAGUACUAUUAAAAUACUCCAUUUAAGUGGUGCACACCCAGACAUGCCUGUGACAGUCGGGAGGACUCACUUGUGAGAUUAACUCUGAUUUCCUUGGUAAAGACGCAUACAAAAAAAAUAAGAAAUAAAAAAUUACUGUUAAAAAUCUAUGAGUAACUGGCUAAUUUGUUUUUCUCUUUAGGCGACAAAUCUAAAUAUGUGGUUUAGUUUGAUCAAUAAUCUAGGUGUUUUCCUUCAUCUUAUUUCAUACAGAGCCUCUCUUGGUCUAAAUGAUGUUUUUUAUUUGUCUAUUACUGUCAAUUCCUACAAGAUGGUCUACUUUGUAUUCUGUAUAGCCUGUCCUCGUCCUGGCUGUAUAUAAGCUUGGAUUUAUUGCAAUGAGUUCAGUGGUUGGUGCUUUUGUAACUUACCUGUAAGCCAUGAUUUUAUUGCCAUCUAUUUUUACUCAGAACUGUAGGCAAUUAAAAGAAAACCCUACAUGCUAUUUAUUGUAGAGUAUGUGGAAAUUAUGUAUGUAUAUACACUUAAAUAUGUGUACAUAUACAGAAUAUAUGUGUACAUCUAUUUGUAUGUAAAUAAAGAGAGUUUGCUAAAUCCA